AGCAGUUUCUCAAGGCAGACAUCCAGCCCUCUGUGCAGCAGACUAUGAAGGGCUUGAGUGUCUUCUUUUCAUCUUUGUACUCCACUAGAAUGAAAGAACAUGGUGAAAAAUCGAAAAAUGUGGUGGCGUAUAUCCGCAAACUCACUGGAUGUCAUGCCCUGGCUCAGAUUCUGCAUCAGAUGAUAUGCAGGAAUGAAACUGGGACCAACAUACAAAAGAUCGCACUUGUGGAGGGACUAUACUUCCUUUUCAGAGAACUGUUACCUAGUCGUACGUCAAAAUCACAGAGUGACGUAAUCAUUGAAGACAAUGAAGUGUUUGAGUACUCACCUGAAUGCUGGGCCUACCUGUUGUCUCAGUCUAAGGAGGAGAGCAUAGAGCAUGAGAACUUUGCUCCCGUGUCAUUGGUUUCCCCCACCACAAGGAAACGUUUUUCAGAACCAGUGCGGAUUGCCAACCUACCAGAAAUUUGUGAACGAUCUGUUGUUCUGCAGGCAAUUGAAGAUGGGGAAAAAAUGCCAAACUGCACGCUGGAAGAUAUGAGGCUGUCAAUCAAGAGGAACACCUACAUGGAAAAAAUCCUACUCAGCAUCCCACCGAUGAUUAAGAGAUUUCCCUUGUGGCUCUCCUAUGAACAAGUGACUUCCAGCUGCAACUUUAGGAUCAAUCCAGAGAAAUCAUUUUCUCAGAUGAAGGAGGAUUUGGAUUCAUAUCCACACUUGCAAGUCACUCCCCCAUUGCAACCGUUAAAUUUUUUUGUCGAAGCACCAUGUCUUAUGUAUCUCAAAGUGGACAACCUUGGUGUGUAUGCUCAGAACUCCAAAGGAGGCGUGGGAGUUUACAUUUUCAAUUGCCUUGAAGGGAAAACGGAGGCUGUGGAGUUAGUGAAACUGGCAAAACAACUGGGAGAUGAGAGAACAGAUCAGACAGUCAAGAUAACCAGAACCCCUAAAGAGGCGAUAAUGGUUCUAUUGGAUACAAGUGGCUCUAUGAAAGAAGAAUGCUACUCAAACGUUGACAUGCCAAAGCUUGAUGCUGUGAAACAGCUGUUUGAUGCCUUUGCAAACAGAAGUAUGGCUUAUGACCUGCCCCAUCUGAUGAGUUUGGUGACUGUGGGGAGAGAAGUCAAAAUCAUCCACCCAUUUACAGAAAACCUGGAGGUGUUCAAGGAACAUGUGCAUAGUCUUCAUGCAUCAGGACCAAAGCCACUAUAUGAUGCAUUGCAUCUAAGUAUUUCUGAACUAUGCAAAAUGAAAAUGAGAUUUCCAAAUUGCCUGCUACGUGUCAUAUGUUUAACUGACGGAAAUGAUUACCUGUCCACAAAGAAUCCUGUUGAUAUUGCAAAUAUGGUAAAGAGUUCCAACAUUGUUGUUGAUAGCAUCCUUGUUGGAAAAGUUACUAACAAUGUGUUGCAUGGGAUCAGCAAUGUAACAGGAGGUUGCUGUUUUCAACCAGACACAAGCAAAACGGCUCUGAAGCUCUUUGAAAUGGAAACAGUCCUGUCUCUGGAAAGCAGGAAACUCAAGCCAAAAUCUACAUCAGCCAUCCAGACUUUGGAUGAGCUAACAAAAUUGUUUGCCAUCUGUGGCUAUGAUGACAAACCACAAGUGAAAUUCCCCAAAGCAGUAGAGAGUAAAGUUGUGGCGACUGAAGAUGCUUUGAAGAAAAAGAUUCUGGAAUCCAAAACGACACGCUUCAUGGAGAAGGACCGACGCAUCAUGGAGGAGCUGAAAAGCCUGCACUGCGAUCCCCAUCCCUACUGUUCAGUCUUCCCCUCAGACACGGACUUCACGUUUUGGAAGAUCCUGAUAAAGGGCCCUCCAGACACUCCGUAUGAGAACGGAGUUUUUGAACUCUACUGUCAGUUUGGUGACGCCUAUCCAGUGAAACCACCUCUAGUGCGUUUCAUCACACCUGUGUACCACUGCAAUGUGAACAAUGUUGGACGAAUCUGCCACAACAUAUUUGAUCGUAACUACUCUGCUAACGUCACCAUGAGAGAGAUCCUGAAUGCAGUGUACGGCCUCCUCAUAGUCCCAGAGCCUGAUGAUCCUUUAGACAGUGUCCUAGCAGAAGAGUUUAUGUCCAACCCAGACAAGUACAAAGAAGAGGCCCAGAAAAACACAGAGGCCUCUGCAAAUACAACGAUAGAUGACAUGGAAAAGAAACUGCUGGGUUCAGAUGCUCAACAGUCAUUUGUGCCCCCUCACUUGAUAUGCCCGCUGACAAAGAAAAUGUUUAUUGAUCCUGUAAAAACAACGUAUGGCACUGCCUACGAGCGAGGAGCAAUCGAAAGUCACCUGAAGCAAACUAAAACGGACCCUAUAUCUGGCGCCCCUCUGAAUGAAAACUGCCUGAAGCCAGAUAAAGACCUGAAACGUGCUGUGCUAAAACAUCGAGUCGAUCAAAUCGAGGAGACAUGGGUGUGAAUCAAACAGUCAGGAAAGUCAGGGUCAUCCUUUAAUGACAACUGACAAUAUUUGGCUCAUUCCAAUAACAGUAAUCAUAAUAAUAUUAGAACAAUAUUUGUAUUAUGUGUAUUAUAUUAUAUAAUCAUACAUACAAGUGAUUAUUUGAUGGCGGCAUACAGUGAAAUCAGUAAUUUUUAAACAGAUUAUUAUUUUAGAUUAUUAGAAUGUUUUUUGUCAAAAUUGGGUGUUGGGAUGGAUAAGCUUGGGGUAGAUAUGUGUAGGGUAAUGAUUGUAGCUGUGCCUGUUAGGGG